UGUGCCAAUUAAGUAUUAAAAGAAAUUCUUAGAAAAGUUAUAAACAUAUUUUGUCGAAAAACACACGACGAUAAAAAGAUUAGCCUUUUAAUAAUGGCUGAAAAUGAUUUUAUUUUUGGGUGUAUUAAUGGGUUGGUUUAUUUUUACACAUCAUCAUUGUCUAUAUAUAAUCAUGGCAGGUACGACAACCUUGCAUACAAGUUUGGAAGUGUUAAAAGAGCCUGGUCCGGCAGGUCCGCCUGGUCCUCCAAGGGAAAAAGGACCUUGCCUUUUUCAUCCAAAAUUGGUGAGGAAAUCCUUAAGCAGAACAGUUAACCAAUCACAAAGCAUCAACAUGUCUUGUACGUUUGCUGGGAAUCCAGUACCAGUAGUGACUUGGACAGUGCAGGGUAAUUAUAACGAAAGGACACAGACAGAUAAGGUUAACAUCACUUCUUCUGAAAUAUCUUCUAACCUAUCUCUUGAAAACUUAACAUGGGAAAAUACUGGAAACAUUACGUGCACAGCUGAAAUUGUUGCGGGCAAAGAUUCAGCUACUGGCAAUCUCAAUGUUCAAUUAUCUCCUGUCAUUUCUGCACUAGAAGAAAUAUUAUCAGGAAACAUAUAUUCUGAUGUUAAACUUUCAGAGUGUAAAGUUAUUUUCCAGCCCCCUGCGAACAUAACAUGGGAAAAAUUAUCUAGCAAGCUUUCUAACAAAACUUUUGUCACGAAUGGAAUGCUUCAAAUAUCAAAUAUCACCAUCGAGGAUGAAGGAGCGUAUGCAUGCAAGGCCCACAAUGAACUAGCAACAGCAAGCAAAGUAAUCUAUCUUAAGGUUAUUUUACCUGAAUUUCUUACCAAGCCAUCAGCUUUUAUCGAAGUUACAAACCUCGCAGCAGUGCUUUGCCAGAGGUGCAUCCAACAAAAUGUCAGGUGAUUUUACAUCUUUGGAUGGUGACAUACCAAUAGAAUCUACCACGUCUAUCGACAAUGAUACUGUUAAAAUCUUGUCUGUCGUUAGAAAAUCUGGUGUGUAUCAAUGCUCAAUAACAAUUGUGAAUCUGAAGAUUCAAUCGAGUACCUAUGUUAGUUUCUACUCGUGUACGUACAAUUUUACUAUACUUUUCAAUGUGUAUAGAACAAUAUCUUUUAGGUUUUUUUGUUAAUAUAAAGCAGUUCUAAUAAAAUAAAUGUGUUAAAUUUGUGUCCUGGUGGCAAAUUUAAAAAAAGUGAACACUUGACUCAUUCAUUUCAUUAAGGUUGCGUUAUAUUUUAGUGAUACAGUCUCAACGGCCUGGAAAGCUGAAAACGGUGGGUGUCAUAAAAAGUAUCAAUGAAGCUUUUAGAUCUACUAAAAAACGCCUUUAAGAUCCAGAAGUAAAGAUUUCGGGAUGUUUAAUAAUUUGUUACACACUUGAACUAAUUUUCGUGUGUUCUGUUUCUUUUUCGAAUUUACCAAUACACGUUUAACAAGCAAACUUUUGAAAAAAUCUCUUUCAUUACAUAAAAACAACUUGAAAAAUAAUUUAUCACUAUUCUCGAUCUAGAACCAAUAGAUUGCAUCAAUAUAAUGUACUGUAUUUUCUGCAUAUUCUGUAUUUUAGUGGAUUCAACGAUAGCCAAUGAAAAACAUGCCCAAAACAUAGCAAGCUGGUUAAAAGAGGUUUCGCCUUUUGGCAAAUACACAUUAUGUUGGAAAGGCACGGCAAAUAAUUAAAAAAGUUAGUAGAGCUUUCUACCAUAUCGUGGACUAAUGCACAUCACGUCUCAUGUAGCCCUGAGAUAUCAGGGAAAAGAGCCUUGCCGUCGUCAGCUACAAUUGGCACGGCUUAAGUGUUUGCAUUUAACUAUCUAACCUAAGGUCCUAUCCUAAGUUCCAAUUGCGUAAUUCUAAUAUAGAAAUAGCCGAUUACUACUUGUAACGACGAACUUUAAAAGUUGAAGCUAUGAGUCAAACAUAUUUUCCUGGUGAUUGUAGAUGCAAACUUUCAAGAAAUACUUAGAUAUUUAUGUUUUCUAAAAUAGUUUGAAAUUAGUUUAAUUAGUUAUAUAUCAUUCAUAAUAUAAUAAGUUAAAAUACAAUACGACGGUAUUCAGCGAUGAAGGGGUCAGCCUGAUCAUUACAGCAACAGGAGACACACAAUAAAACAAUAUAUAUAUAGAUUUUUGAUCCGUGACGAGCGUUCAAAAUUUAAAAAUGGCAGCAUGCUGUAAACAAAGAGGAAACAAAACAGUCACAAUAAAAUCAAUUUCAGAGCUUUAUUCU